AUGAAUAAAAAAGUAGACUUGUUAAUAGAAGAGCCUUGUCCUGAGCUACUAUGUGGUAUAUGUACAGAUGUCCUUGAGGAUCCAAUACAAGUGCAUUGCCCAGAAGACAAAAAACAACUAGAAAAUUGCCCAAUAUGCUUGACAUUGCUGGAUAAAAAUUCUUUUCAACUCUCUAAAUUUGUACAGAGACAGGUGGGAAGAUUACGUAUUCAAUGUCGCUAUGCAAAGAGUGGGUGUCCAUGGCAAGGUUUACUCUCAGACAAUCACCUUUUAGAGUGUACAUUUCAACCCCAAUCAUGUCCUAAUGCAGGAUGCGAUGCCACUCAUCUCAAUGAGGCCACCAUGCAAGAACAUCUCAAGACAUGUCUUUAUCAGACCAUGACUUGCCCUAAUCAAAUGCCACUUUGUCAGCCCUUUUUACGAAAAGAUUUAGCUCAACACGAAAAUGAAUGUCAGUCGUAUACAUGCAUUUAUGCACAUGAAGGAUGUCCCUUUAUUGGUACUCUUUCUCAAGCAAAGACACACUGUGAUCAAUAUUGUGGUCAUUUACAUCAAAAGAUUGAACAUUUAGAGCAAGAAGUCAAACGACUCAACAAAUGGAUUCAAGAUAUCACUAUGGGACUUGAUGUCAAAUUGCCUUCAACACCAGAGACACAACAGCAAAAGGAAAAGGAUGCCAUGGUGGCUGAAAUGGCUUUAUUUCAUCAAAUGUUGAAUGAGAAUCCCUUUCAAGGAUUGGAUCUAACAGACGUCAAAGAAGAACCCAAUCCUGCUAUGAUGGACAUCAGUCAAUGUUUGCCUGACUUUUUAGAGAACCAGAAAAGUAUAGAUGCCUUGUUUGAGACAGCCAAGUCACCACAACCCCUUGAAUUUGUCCCACCUGUGCAUGCACCCAAAAGAACAUCAAAUGGUAAAAAGAUUCGAUAUAGUAAAAAUGUUCGAUUAGCACAUAGUGCUUUACGUAUGGCAAGGCAGAGAACAGCCAGUACAAGCAAUCCAUCCAAUGAUGCCAUCCUGAAUAACCUAAAUCAUGCCAAGAAACAACAGGUUGCAUUUAAAAACCAAGAUAGCCUGACUCAGACAGAAGAAAAGACCAAACCAAAAUCAACAAAAAAAGAGAAAAAGAAGCCUUCUUCUCCUCAACCUGAUGCAGAUACAACUACCACUACUACUUUACCAAAAAGAAGACCCAUGUUUAUCUUGGCUUCUUCUUAUUUAUCGAAUUACAAUAGCAAUAACAAUAACAAUACAGUGUAA